GAGCCGUAAAGCCAGAUGAAAAAAAAGAAAAUUGAAAAAUGUCUGUCAUUCGGUGCUGUCAUCGGCAAAGUAGUCACGCGGCAUUUUCGUUUUCCUUUUCGGUGCUCAAUAUUUACUAGAAAACAAGGAGCUUAUUCAGUUUUUACACGGAAAUUAAGCUUUGACAAUUCUUUUACAUUUACGGCAGGAAUACAGAAGGUGCCUUAUAUUGAUAACAGAAGUUAUUGCUUUUUAAACAAGGCAGAAAAAGCUAUGGGUGCUUUGAGUCCAUUGGAUCCAUCCUCAUUUUCUAGACCAGAAUUUGCUAUAAUAAAGCAUAUUGACCUAACAUACAAUGUGGACUUUGAGAAGAAAGUGUUACAUGGAACUGCUUUGUAUAAUAUUCAAGUUUUAGACUAUAUUGAGGAUUUGAUAUUAGAUACAAGAGAUUUGACCAUAGAACAAUUGGAACUAGAUGAUGGUACUCCACUCAGAUUUAAUAUUGAUGAAACUGUACCAAAUUUAGGAUCAAAAUUGACAAUUAAUUUGCCACAAUCUGCUGCACCAGAACAAAAACUGCAGAUAAGAAUAAAAUACAGUUCGGCACCGACCGCAACAGCUUUGCAAUGGUUGGAAGCCAGUCAGACUGCUGGGAAAGUACACCCGUACAUGUUCAGCCAGUGUCAGCCAAUCCAUGCCCGUUCGAUCCUGCCCUGCCAAGAUACGCCAGCCGUCAAGUUCACGUACCAAGCUAAAGUGACCGCGCCUGCAGAGUUCACGGUGUUGAUGAGCGCCAUACGUGGCGAGGCGGCGAACAACACCACCAGCUUCAACCAGCCCGUGCCCAUCCCCUCCUACCUGCUGGCCAUCGCCGUGGCCGUGCUGGAGAAUAGGAAGCUGGGCCCCAGAUCCCACGUAUGGUCGGAAAAAGAAGAAAUAGAAAAGAGCGCUUGGGAAUUCGCGGAAACGGAGAAAUACUUGCAAGCCGCGGAGAAAAUGUGUGGUCCCUACCAGUGGACACAGUACGACUUGUUAGUUCUACCACCCUCCUUCCCCUACGGAGGCAUGGAGAACCCCUGCUUGACGUUUGUGACUCCCACUUUAUUGGCUGGUGACAGAAGUCAAGCGGAUGUGAUAAUCCACGAAAUAAUGCACAGUUGGACGGGCAACCUGGUGACCAACAGGAACUUUGAGCACUUCUGGCUCAACGAGGGCUUCACUGUGUAUUUAGAGAGGAAGGUGGCCGCCUCGCUCAUACAGGACCCCUUGGAGGCCAAGCAGUGCCGGGAUUUCGAGAGCUUACUCGGCUUGCAAGAGCUUAAAGAAACUAUAAACAAUGAAUUGGGAGUCAACAAUUCUUUCACUAGCUUGGUGGUAAAAUUGGACGGUUUCUCUCCAGAUGACGCUUUCUCAAGGGUCCCAUAUGAAAAGGGCUCGCUGUUUUUACGCUAUCUUGAAGACCUCGUUGGAGGACCUAAUAAAUUUGAUCCUUUCAUGCGUUCAUAUCUCGACAAGUUCCAGAGACAAUCCAUAGACACAUAUCAGUUCAAGGACUAUCUGUUGGACUAUUUCAAAGACAGCAAGGAAAUGUCAACCGUAGACUGGGAUAUCUGGCUGUAUAAGACUGGAAUGCCUCCUGUGAUUCCCGAUUAUGAUACAACAAGGACCAAAGCGGUGAAACAAGUUGUAGACAAAAUAAAUGUGCCAAAUUCGGAGUUGGCUUACCACGAUGUGGCAGGGUUCUCGCCGCACCAAAUUAUCAAUCUUCUUCAAUCUCUAAUCGAACAAGAUCCAUUGCCGUUGGAAAAACUUCAAAAUGUGGGAGUUGUGUACAAAAUCUGUACUAGCAAAAACAGUGAAAUCGAAUUCAGAUGGCUCAGGUUAUGUAUAAGGAGUAAAGACAAAACUAAAUUGGAAGAUGCAUUCGCAUUUGUUAAUAACCAAGGUCGAAUGAAAUAUGUACGACCAUUAUAUAGAGAUCUCUACGCUUGGGAAGAGGUCAGGGAGAAGACUAUAGAGAACUUCCAAAAAAAUGAACCUUUUAUGAUGCAUGUAUCAGCUUAUAUGUUGAAGAAGGAUUUGCAUUUGGUUGAAUAAGUAUUUAUUUACCACGUUAAACAUUUUUUUUUAUUUGUACACUAAAAUAUUAUGUUAGAUUAUUUGUUUAUACAACAUUCAUGCACAUGUAAAUAAAACAUUUGAAAUAUU